AUCAUUCUUUCAUUUCUGUGAAAGGAUAUAUAUUAUAGAGAGAGAACAAAAGUUUUUUAUUUGCAAAAAAAAUAAAAAAUCUCUUGCAUUUCUCAUGAACUUCGGAGUCGUAUUGGGUUUCUAUUGCUGGGGUUGGGAGUUCUUAACUGCCCUUCUUCUCUUCUCCACCCCCUCUUCUAUCUAGCAAAUUUAUCCAUUUUAAUUUUAUAGAUUUUUAUUUUUUUUAAAACCCAACACAAAAAAAAAAAAAAAAAAAAAAAAAAAAAAAAAAAAAACCCAAAAAAGGGUUGAUUCUAUUUUCUUUUCUCUUCUUGUUUUACCAAUUUUCUUGGAUUUUUUUUUUAAAAAAUGAUGGUGGUAUUAGAAGAAGUUCAAAGUGAUGAGAAGAGUUUGUUAUUAGAAUAUGUGAGGAAGUCAUCGCCGUCACCUUUUCUGCUGAAAACGUACAUGUUGGUGGAGGAUCCGGCGACGGACGAUGUCGUUUCUUGGAAUUCCGAUGGGACGGCGUUUGUUGUGUGGCAGCCGGCGGAAUUUGCUAGAGAUUUACUUCCAACUCUCUUCAAACAUAGCAACUUCUCCAGCUUUGUCCGGCAGCUCAAUACCUAUGGUUUCCGUAAAAUAGCAACAAGCCGGUGGGAGUUCAGUAAUGACAAGUUUAGAAAGGGAGAAAGAGAUUUACUAUGUGAUAUUCGUCGUAGAAAAGCAUGGACAAACAGACACCAACCAAACAACAAUAAUAGCAACAACAACAAUAUUAAUAACGGACAGAGUCAAUGUGCGAACAGUAACAAGAAAGAAACAGAAGAAGAUCAAAGGUCAUCGUCAUCAACAUCAUCAUCAUCUGAACUUACAAUUCUUGUGGAUGAAAAUAAAAGACUCAAGAUGGAAAAUGGAGUCCUUAGCUCUGAGCUUUCAGUAAUGAAAAACAAGUGCAAAGAAUUAAUUGAUAUAGUUACCAUUUUUGCUAAAAAUCCAGAGAAAGAAGAAAAAAAGCAACAAGAUGAGAGGCCAAUGCUAUUUGGAGUAAGGUUAGAAGUUCAAGAAGAAAUGGAAAGGAAGAGAAAAAGAGCUGAACUUACUGAAACAGCCAGUGUUUUUCUCUCUCAAUUAUGCAAAUAAAUUUCAAAAAUUAAGAGGAAAAAAAAUGAAGAGAAAUAGUGUUAAAAUAAGUGAUUAAAAUAAUAUAUAUGUGUACCAUGUUAUUAUUAAUAUUUCAUGCAAAGUAGUAGUGUUAAUUAGCAUGUAGGGAUUGCUACUGAAAUGGAGAUACUAUUGAUAUCUAAGUUGUAUAAAUUUACUAGUGUUAUUUCACGUGAAAUUUAACACGGCAUAUAAUAAUAUAUUUCGUGGAAAUUA